UGCCACGGAGUAAGGGUGUAUCGAUCUGUAUGAAAAAUUAUUUGUGAGAGAGUGCGGUAACUAGUUUUGACGGGGUAUUUUUUUCUGCCAUUACAAGUGAAUUGGAGUAGCGUCCUGUAUUGUGAGUCAUAUGGGAAUGAAGAUUAACUCGGCCAGGGAUGUUUAUUUAAAGACUACGAACUUGAAAAAUAAUUUUCGGUAUAUACAGUAUUUCCGAAUACUCACAUUGAUUUACUAAUGUGAAAAUUCAUCUGCUUGGAUACCUACUACGCGGGAAACGACGCCACAUUUUCGUAUUCAAGACACUGAAUGGACCGUCUGUGUAGAGGCGAACAACCGAGAUGACGAUGCCGGGGGAAGAGCCAGAGCAUGAGCGAUAUCAGGUUGCAACAGAAACCGUAGCAGCAACAGGAACAGCCAUGGAGAAUAGCAAGUCUUUAACGAGAAACAGCAGCCAGGAGGAUGAGCAGCGGGAGGCAGGAGUGGAGCAGCUCACUUACAGCAGGAUGGCACACCUGCUGGCUGUGUACCAAAACAAGGUCCGGGACAAUAAAAGAGUCAUUACAAGAUUAAAACGACAGAAAGAUGCCCAGCUGCAGGCUGUGAUAAGUCAGUUAUUGUUACUUGAAGCACAUCUACGGCGGGAGCAGAAGGGGAUUGUUGGGCAGCUAGCUCAACGUGACCAUGUUAUUUCUGCUCAGAGACAGGAGAUUGACCGCUUGAGAAGGGAUAAUAGACGGUUGAUAAAUAAGUUGAAAAAAUUUAAUGAAGUAUGCAUGGAAUCCAGAGAUAUGGAUCACUUAGAACCAAGAUUGAAAAUUAGCCGUGUGGAAUCAUCAGAAGAGAGUACAUUAUCAAGUAGUAAAGGCCGUAGCCAGUCUCUGUCUUGUUCCCCACCCAGUCGUAAAUCUUCCUCGGGCAUGAUACGUGUGGCUACUAGUGUCUCUGAACUAAUUAAUUGCAGUAAUGACUCAAGUUUUUUGAAACCUCAACAAGCUCUUCAUCACAUGAGUGUCCGAAGCAGUAGUAGUCAUCCUACCGAAACUGUGAAUCCAAAUGUGGCCUCAGUCAGAGCUACAACAGACCGAGUGUUUCACAAACCACCCAUUGCUGAAAAACCUCGGGUUGCCAGUCGUGUGGUGCGAGGUCACCAGAGUAAUCAGAAAGGUCAACACUUGGUUAGAAGUUAUGGUGGAAAGCAGUGCACAAUAGUAUCUACUAUCAGCCGUCUUCUGGAAGAAGAAUCUGAUGCCACGACAACGGGUGGUUCUGGUAGUAGUGAACCCUCAUCCCCAGAAGCCACUCUUAAACCAGCAACUCCAAGAGUUAUACGCCUGGCAAGGCAAUUUGAAGAAGGUCUUAACUCCCAAAACAUGGCUCUUUAUGUUAAUACUGGCUCCAGUGACUCCUCUCCUGAGUCACUAAGGCAAGAAGAUUGUAACACAAAGUCAUAUAUCAUGGACGAAUAUGAGGUAACAAGCGGGUAUAACAGCGAUGCCAUCAGUGAUCAUGAAUAUGAAAAUGUUCGUGUCUUGACUCAGGGAAGUAAUGACAGCCCCUCCAAACUUGCAAAACAAGAGGAGGGUAAAGAAGAAGAGGAAGAAGAAGAUAACUAUGUCAUUUUGAGAGCAGUGAAGGAAAAUGCUGAUGCUGGUAACUGGGUUGAUAUCCCAGAAGAUCAACAUAUCUACUCAAAUGUGGAGUUUGCAUCUGGCUUGCUAGUUAAGGAAUUGGAGAGUGAAGAGAGAGAAGAGGAGCCUGUUACUGAAUAUGUAGAGAAAGAUAAGCCAAAACUACUAUCAAAAAGCAGUAGUUGCAAAGAAGGAAAAAAGGUGCUAGAAACUGACCUUGAUACUCUCAACACAUCUGCCACUGAUGAUCACUUGUUGUCAGAGAGUUUAAGGGCAGCUAUGAAUGUACCCCGGUCACGACAUAACAUCAACCUUAUCAUGGAGUCAGAUGGCGAUCACAUGACAGAAAAUUUUGAAGAGUUUACACUUGAUUCCCUGGAACUAGAGGAAGAUCAGGAGGAUGAAGAUGGGGGACGGGGGAAAGAGAACUUGCCUGUCUCGGAGCAGCGACGGUGUGGGGAUGGAGCAGAAACAAAGUUGGAUAGUAAGAUGAAUGAAGAAGGUAAACUUGACCUCAGUGUCAACAGUGCAUCUGCCAGUGCUGCCUUGAUGGCCAAUGGACAAUAUGAGAAGUUUUUAGAGGCAACUGGACUUAGUCAGAAAUCUAUUUUAACUCCAACUCGCAUGUUCUCCAAUCAUCGGUCUGUACUAAAGCCACGAGACAUCAAACAUCGUAACAAGUUGCGAGCCGCCUUUACCACGCUGUCAACUUUAGAGGAAACACCAAGCUCUGGUGCAGGAUACAGAUACUGGACCGAGCCAUACCUCUAGUGUCUACCUCACAUCUGAUACAUUGCAAAAUUAGCUGUGAUGAGUCUUAGCUUUGUGUUGAGUUAUGAUAAUUUUCCAAAUUAUUUGAAUAGGAAAAUUUGGCUUACGGAUAUGUAGUUUAAGGCUCAUAGUAGCUUGUUUUGUAGUGUAGUUCUCAGAUAAAAUAAUUUAACUGCUUAUCAUUACCACUGUACAGUAUUUUUAGUGAUAAUGAGGUGGAUUUUUUUUCUUUUCCUCACUUGAAUUUCUGCUUUUCUUUUGUUUGAAAAUUUCAAUUCAUUUAUAUCAACACCAUUCAAUAAUUAGCAAAGAGAAUAGCAAAUGCAUGAAACUGUGACAAAACUAUAUAAAAAUAUUCAGAAAUUUGAUUUUAAAAUUCAAAUCACUUGCCAAGUUAUCCUGCACAGUGUGUGUAUUAGUAAUGCAAGAAUAAUUUCAGUGAAUGUGCAAUUUAUCUUUAUUCAAACAACUGGAUCGUUAUACUAUUGGUAAAAUAUACUGUACUCUUGAAAAUUCCCUCUUAUACAAGUACUUAAUUUCAUAAUCAAAAUAUAUUUAAAACAUGUAAUGAAGCUACCAAUUCUAAUAACACGGUACUGUAUAUUAUAAAAGUAUUUAGCAAGUUAAAAUUUAAUUACUUUGUAAUGCCAAUUAUGAACUCCUAAGGCUUGAAAUUUUAAGUUUCUUUGAUUAUUGUAUACAGGUAAUAUAUGAUUUUUCUCUUCAUUUCAAAGAAACUUUUACAAGAAUUAUAAUCUUUGUUAUUCAGUCUGUGCUGUGAAGCUUUACAGUUUUCAAAGAACUCUUGCACAUCCCUUAAGAACUGUUGAUACCAGAUAUUAGCCUGAAGAAUUAUUGAUAUUGAACUCUGCCUUUAACUGGUAAUGAUGUGGACACUACUCAAGGAAUUGUUGAUAAUUAAAUGUUGUCCUCAAAACUGUAUUUUUUGGACAUUUCCCUAAAGAAUUGAUAAGAUAGAAACUGCCUUUAAUCACUCGUGCUGGACACUGCUUCAAAGAAUUGUUAACACUACUCGUAAAAUCUGAUACUGCUGGACACUGCCCUCAAGAACUGUGGAUAUGAUAGAUACUGUAUUAUACAUUUCAAAAUUACUUUUUCCACUGCCAGAUUCAAAAUAAAUCUACAAAUGUACUUUUAGUAUUUGUAUAGAAAUGCUUGUUAAAAUAUCCAAAAUAGGGGUAAUUUUAGUCUCGCAUGAACAAGUAAGAAUCGGAACAAUCUUUAGGCAAAAGUUAGUGCAUUCAGGAACCUUGGUUUAAAGUUUCCAUGUAUCCCACUGAACGUUCAAGACUCGAGUUAAAAAAGCCAGAGGCCCAUAAUGAUUUCACUAUUGAACAUUGUGACAGUGAGAAUAAAAGCAACAUGGUAAGAAACUGCAGGUAUAUUACAAUUACUGUACACUAUUUAGGGCUUAUUGAAGUAGUCAUCUUUCUUUGAAAUGAUGUAAGGGAUCUCUGGCCAAUAACCAGCCAAUGUCACAUAAUAUUUGUUUCACCACAUGAAACCAUUUUGUUCCAGUGAUCUUGCACUACAUGCACAUGCCUGCUUUACCAUAUUGACUAGACAUGAUUUACCUGUGUGUAUGUGUGUGACCUGGGGAGUAGUGACUAAAUCAUUCUGAUGGGACACUUCUUUAUAAAAAUUACAUUAAUCAUAAGGUCACAGAAUUGUCGCCCAUGGGUGUUUUUGCUCCUUUCCUUAGUCAGGAAGUCCACCUUAAUAUUUCCUCAGCCACCCUCAAGAAAAUAUCCGUUUUCAGUUGGAUAAACAAAGUUUUGCUACUUUUUGCUUUGACUAAAAAUCAUGCAUCAGGAACUCGGAAUCCUUCAUAACAGAUGUUCUAGAAUUGUUUGGCUAGAGUGCAUUUUGCAUCUGGAUAUUUGUGGGUCUCUGACAACACAGAUUUUGUAAGCACAUUAAUUUCUUGGUUUUGUUUUUUUGAAAGUUGCUUUUAAGGCAUCUUUGGAGGUAUGUUCUAAGUGAGACUUUAGAUAGGGUCACUUACCAGAAGAUUUAGAGUUGUCAGGUUUCCCAUUACAGUAUAGGUUGAUAAUUAAUCAUGUAGAGACAUGAAACCACCCAAUUUUUUUACAACCUAUUUCAUUUAUUUAUAUAUAUUUUUUCGUUAUAUUCCUUGUUAUAAAAAUUAGUUGCUAGAGGAUUUUAAAAAUGGAAUGCAAUAUCAAAUUUGCAUUUACUUGCAGCAUUACUGACGUGGCACUCAUUCUCAUUAUUUCAUAUACAGCAUUGUUUAUGUGGGAACUUAGAAAAUUCACUCGGUAUUUAUUAUUAUUUUUUUUAAGGUUAUGCAUGCUAACUACACUUAAGUUGCUGCACAUUUCCUGUCUUUGAAGUGUCAAAUACUAUUGCAGCUUAUGACUGUAUGUUGCUAGUUUCUGCUUCCUCCCUCCAUCAUCUUUGUGGAGGUUUGCAGGGAAAGUGGAGCUAGUAAAAUGUGAAAACUUGUCUCUGUAGUGUAUAUUCAUGUUUGUGAACAUAAUACUUACAUAGACCAACCUUGGACAUUGUCCUGCAAUAGGAUAAUUAUCAUAAUUACACUUCUGAUGAAAAUGAUCAUGAUUUUGGCACAUUUGCAGCAACUUUAUUAAAACAGCACCAUUGUUAAAAUUACAGUACACCCCUGGACUUACCGGGUAAUUAGCAAAUCGGUUAAGUUGUUUAAAAUCAAAUUUAUAGUGUGGUCAUUGAAUGUAAGCAAUACAUAUGGGAGGGUCUGAUUACCAAUUAAAAUAUAAUUAAAAAAUACAGUCUCGCCUCGACUUACGACGGGGUUCCGUCCCGACGACCACGUUGUAAGUCGAAUUGGUCGUAAGUCGA